AUGAAUGCAACUAAUGUUGAAUUAUUACAGAAAGCUCUGAAAGAGCGUACUUCGGAAUGCGAUUCAUUGAAAAAGAAGGUGGAAAAGUUCGAGAGAGACAGACAACAAUGGGAAAAUCAGAAGCGUGCGUUGGAAGCAAAGCAACCAAUGGAUGUCCAGAUGUUACAAGGCCAAAAACGGGAGCUAACCAUGCAGCUGGAUCGGGAACAGGCUGAAAAACAAGAACUUUUCAUGCAGAUUAACAGUUUAAUAGCACAAUUAGCAGAUGCAAAUCGCGUUACUUCAGACCAACAAGAAUGCAUUGUGCUGAAAGAUGAGAAUGAAAAGUUAAAGAAACAAAUCACCGAUAUUUUAGCUGUUCAAUCACAGCUUAAUACAGACGUGCACAAUUUGCAAGAAGAAGUGCGAUGCAAAAAUCAGGAAGUAGAAAAUGCUCAAGAUGAGUCAAAAAGACUUCGUUUGAUAAUGAAUAAUGAAAAGGUCCAACUAAAAAGUAGCAUUGAAGAGUUGCAGCGUGAUUUACAGAUGAAAUCAGCUGCAUUGCAAAGCUUAAUGCUUGCUAAGCAGGAUAUUAAGACGAAUGAAGCAGACUCAGCAAUGAUAACUCAGUUAACAGCGGAAAAUGAGGAAUUAAGAGGUCAAAUUGAUGAGAUCCGAAAUGAGAUUAAGGGACGCGUUUCCGAAAUUGAGGAAGUGAAAUCAGAGAGUGGAGAAAAACUUAGAAAUCUUCAAAGCGAGUUGGAUUUCAUGCGAGAAAAUACAAAAAAGAAGGAAGCGGAAUUGUCCAAACAGAGUGAUGAAAUUGGAAAGUUGCAGAGUGAACUCGAUUCUGCACUAGAAACUAUGCAGAAGAGAGAAGUUGAAUUAUCAUCCAUGCGAAACAAUGAAGUACAUGAAAUAUCACAGCUUCGGGAGGACAUAGAGAAAUAUAAAUUAGAUGCGGAGAAAUUAAAUGAAAGACUGGAAGAAAGCCAAAAAAAUUUGGUAGAAUGUGAGGAAAAGUAUGAUGCUUUGAAAAAAGAUACCGAAGCAAAAAUCACAUGGGGAAAUAAUGCUUUGGCAGAUGCUAGAAGGAAAUUUGAAGAAGAAAUAAAACAGCAAGAAAUAAAACAUAAUGAUUUGAAGCAGAGUUUAAAAAUGGAAGAAAUGCGAACACAGGAAGCAGAAAACGAAGCAAAAAGUUGUCGGUUGAAAAUCAUUGAUCUAGAAGAGGAAUUAAACGUUCUGAGGAUACAAACUGAUAAACAACGUAGUGUUGAUGAGCAGGUGCGGUUAUUGCGAGAAGAAUUAAAGCAAGCAAGGAAUAAAAUAUCCGCUCAGGCUGCAGAUCUAGAAAAAGCUGAAAUAGAUGCUGAUGUGGGUAGAUUAGCGGAAGCGGAUCGUUCCUCUCGAGAAACUAUUGAUGAACUCGAAGAGGAAGUUCGUUCUCUCCAAGAAAAAUUAAAAAUUCUGGAAAUUGAUGAAGAAAAACAAAGCAAACGUCUGUUAGUGACUGAGCAGGAACUGAUGAGGAAUCAGGAAAAUAGUGAGAAAUACGAAAAGAAGUGUAAAAUGCUGACGAAGGAGCUAGAAGAAGUUCGCACUGCUUUCGCUGAUACCAGUGCACUUCUAGAAACAUUCAAAGCUGAAAAUGAGAAACUGUCGGCGAAAGCAAGCUUAGAAGAUGAAGUGCUCACAUUAGCUACCUCACUCCAGUCAGCUCGCGAUGAGAUUAGUAUGAAGCAUGAUGAAAUCGCAAAACUGCGAAAGGAAUUACGUGAGUUACGUGAAGAAAAUGAACGUUUGUUGAUGGAUAUUGAUGUACAAACUCAGGCAUUGCAACAAGAUGCUCAAUUGGCUCGAUCUGAGUGCGAUGAAAUGAGGAAAGAAAUGGAAAAAUGUAAGAAUGACAGCGUUGUUCAACAGCAAAAGAAUGAUGUCAUUUUGAUGGAACUUAGGAAUGAAAUUUCGAAACUUGAAGAACAAGUUAUUGAAAAGGAAAGAAUGUUCGCAUCAGCACAAAGUGAUUUGGAAUCGAAACAUCAGAAAAUAUUGAUUGAAACUAAGCAACAAUAUGAACAGAAGAUUGCUGAACUAAAUAAAGAAGUUGGAGAACUAAAAACUUCUGAAAGCGGAAAAAUUAACAAACUCAAUGCUGUAAUGACGAAUCUGAGGAAGGAAUUAGUUGUCAAGGGUGGCAGUGUUGCAUCUUUCAGAAUUGACCAACAUGAUGAAUUUCAAAACAGUAAAACACAAAAUCUUGAUUUGAGUCCAAGAUCUGAUUUCGAGGAAAAAUUGGCUACUUUAAAGGAAUGUAUAGCUGAUGUACUUGAGGAAAAAUUGUUGUUCGAACAAAGCGAUUACCAGUUAGUGUUGGUCAAUAAGGCUACUCAAACAAAGACGGAAAUAGAAGAGGGAAGACAUAUCAUUUCUGUAAAUAAUGAUGAUGAAGAAGAAGCUGUAAAGCAUAGAGAUAAAGAUGCUGUACUGAUAAAAUUAAACGAUUGUAAUUGUACAAGCAGAAGUUGUGGUGAAACGAAUGAACAAAUUUGGAAGUCAAAAUCCAGUAGUGAAGUUUGGGGUUUAAGAGCAGAGUUAGCUUUUCUGAAAAAACAAAUGAAGGACGAAGAAAUGGACAGAAAGUGCCUUCAGAAACGUAUCCAAGUGCUUCAAGCAACCGUUCAGGAAAAUAAGGAGGUUUUGGAUUCAAUUAAAGAAACAGAAAAAGAUGUAAAAAGCGACAAACUUGAAACCGAGGGACGUUUAGAUCCAUUUGAGGAACAGAUUGAAAAAUUGAGGACAGAAUUAAUGAGUGUUCAGGAAUGCCGAGAACAGUAUAAACGAGAAAUAGAAGAAAGAGACUUGGACAUUACUAGUUUGAAGAAAGAUAUUGAAAAUUUAACAAGCGAUAUGAGGUCUUGCAAAACACGUCUUCAAGAAAGCAGUCGUCUGGAAGAACGAAAUAGAGUCAUUGAGUUUGAAAAUAAAAAUCUUCUCGAUGAAUGCUCUUCACUGAAAGUGAAGCUGACGAAAUUAAAAGAGCAGUUUGUCGAAAUGGAAAAUGAAAAUAAUAGGAAGCAUGCUGAGAAAGUGAAAGAUCUUAAUCAACAAUUGGAUAAAGCUCAUCAGGCCUGUGAAUUAUCGAGAGUAGAAAUGGAUCGAUUGCGAGAGCAGUCUGAAAAUUUGUCAAAGGAAGUGAACUAUUUACGAAAUUUCUUAAAUAUCGCUAAUACGGAGAAAGAGCAACUGAAAACUGAGGCACUCGAACGAUUGAAAGAAAUGGAACGGCUGUCGUGUGAACGGAUGGAGCUAGAAGUAACUCGACAGCAACUAGAUGAAGCGAUAGCGGAAGGUGAGCGUCAAGCUCAGGAAUUAGCAAGUUUAAAAGUUCAAACUAAAAGUAAUGAAGAUUUGGAAAGAGACCGGCAACAAGAACUCCAUGAUUUACGCGAACAAAUUCAGACCAUCGAGGAGAAUUGGAAAAUGGAGUGCAGUAAGAGCGAAGCAAUUACGCAAGCUGCGGAAAAAGAACUUGAAAAACUAACUAAAACAAAUGAAACAUUUAUUGAGGACAUUAAAAGGCUCACAAAUGAACUAGAAGUUGAACGAAAACGAAUCAUCGAUUUAGGUAUCGAGAAAAUGCAUCUUUCAAAUGAAAUUGGACAACUCAGAAAUGAAGUUGAAACACUGAAGACAAAAAAUGUGUUAGACGAGGAUUCGCCGGAUGUAAAAAACAAGUUAAACGAAUUAAUGGCAGAGAAUGCUCAACUGGCAGGUGAACUGUUGAAGGAGCAUAAUCUGUUGGAUAAGGAACUGAGUAAGCAAGACCAACAACUGGAAGGAUUAUUGAAAAAGCAUUGCAAAAAUGAGGAAAAAUUAUUGCGAGAGAAGAAUCGAGAAGAAUUGAUGAAGCUUACAGAGGACUUCGAGAGACGGUUGCAACAGUGUAACGAGGAGUGGAGAGUAAAGUCAAACAACCAAGUGGAAAUACUGAAUCGAGAAAUGCAAAGUGUAAAGGAUGAAAACAAAGAAUUACUAAACCAAAAUGAAAGAAUGCGAAAGGAAAUGGAUGAGAUGCAGCAAGAAGUGAAAAAAGGCAAGCAAAUAUCGGAAGAAUUGGAUAUUAGGGAAAGGUUAAAGAAAUCCGAUGAUAGCUUGUCCAGGUUGGAAACAGUAUGCAGCACUCCCACACCACCACCUCGUAAAAGGAUUGGAAGUGAAAUAACCGAUGAAAUAUUGCAGGUGUCAUUGGCGGAAGAAAAUAAGAAACUGAAGAAAGAUAUCGAUAUGCAACAUAGAUUGGUGGUCGUUCUCAGGCGAAAAUUACAAUCAAUGCAACAACAACAACAACAACAACAACAACAACAGCAGUAG